CCAGGGUGAAGAAGAGGAAUUUGUAGUCUCGCUGGACUGAGUGCAUUAGUUAUUUCAUAUUUUGUUGGUAUAAAACAGGAACGAGAUUCCCGGAUAAAAAGCGAAUUUUCGUUACCCAAGUUUGAUUUUAAAUUAGCGAAAAAUGAGUGUUUAGAGACAGAAAUAAAGUUAUAGACAUUUUCUGUUUAUGUCUCACGAAGACAAUAAUUUUACCAUUGAUAAAAAUGGGGUUUAAGAAGAGUGAGGCAUCGGGACAGAAGAGAGGUUGGUCGCGAUGGUGGCACCUGGUGGCGUUGGGAGCCAUGAUCUGUUGUCCCCUGACUAAGGCUUCAGCGGUCGACGAAGUGACAGAGCCGGUGGUGGCGCCGCUGUCCAGUCUCUACAUGAGGCAGGAAACCGCUCUCCAAAAGCUGGACGCUCUCAUCGACAAAGUUAAUAAAGUGGAUGUCUUGGAGGCCAAGAUUGUGGAGCUGACGGCGCUGGUCUCAGAGAGGAAGCCUUCAGCCGAGGGCCUGGGGGGUCGGCCAAGCGAGGAAGGUAAUCCCGGACCAGCGGAGGCCUUGAGUGCAAUGGGAGCCAAGCUUGAUUCGCUGAGUGACGACGUGAGGGCCCUCAAUGCCACCUUUAGUGCCGUGGCGGCGAGCGUCGCUCAGCUAGAACAGCGCCUCGAUGGGAUCCUUAGCGCUUCCGACGGCCGGGAAGAAACCUCAGAGUUGCUGGAAGCCCAGGCUACCAACUUCACCCUCGCCGUCGACGGGGCCCUCGAGGGGAUGAAGAACCAACUACGAGAGACCGUGGAGAACGCGUCACUUUCCCUUGCGUCUCCCUCCUCUCCUCCCGGUUGUGAGGCGCUGACGGAGAUCCAAGAAUCCUUAGCUCGCCUCGAGGACGUGGAGCGCCCUUCGACUAACACUACGAAGCAGCUGUUUACUGCCGUCCUCAAUCGAAUCCGAGUCUCCAACGUGGCCAUGGACAAGCGCCUCGGGGCCGUCCUGCACACCUCUUCCCUCAGACAGCGCGUCCUACAGGAUACCCUCCUCGCUGCCCUCGCUUCAGUCAUGACGCUGGUGCGCUCAGAAACUCGAGACGUCCUCACAGGUAUGGACGAUCGCCUUCAGGAGCUGCAGAAUACGCUUACGACCAGCGCGAUGAAACAGGAAGAGGACGUCGGGAUUCUGGUACAAGAAACGAUAAACACCACCUUGACUGAGGCCUUGGCGAUCGCAAAAGGCGACAUCGAAGUCCUCGUUCGGGCGCACGAGAACCUCACGACGGCCGUGGCGCCCUUGCUUGCUCUCCGGAACCUGACGGAGAUGAACUUCCGCGAAAACGCAAACCAACUUUGCGUAGUGCCGAUAGCGGACGGGGGCGAGAACGAGACCGCGUACAGCGUCCACCCUCAGUCGGCACAGGACGUUGGGAUGAUCGAAGUGAAGCAGGAUCUUGACAACCAGCUGCGGGAAAUACGCGACCAGCUGGAUGGGCUGCGAAUCUAUUACGGUACCAGCCUCCAUAUGCAUACCAAUGAGGUGCUGGCCGAGGUGGAGACCGCGCAGGACCAGGUGAACGAAGCAGUGCGUGCGACCCUCGACAAAAGUCUUCGGCAUCUCGAGAAAUUACGGAGGUCGUCCUUGGGAUUUCUCGAUGCUGCUGUGACAAGCGUGUCGUCCUCGGCUGUCGCUUCGGCCCAGUCCACCGCCGACCAGCUGAAGAAGGAGCUGAAGAAGGUCGCCAAGUCGCUGGAGGAUAGGCUGAUACAGGUCGAGGCCGCCGUUUCCUCGCGAGGCUCAACGUGUCCGCACCGCUACACUUACGUCGGCGGGAAGUGCCUCCUGGCCAUGCCCUCCGCGUCGGCGACCUGGGAAACGGCGCGCGCCCUUUGCCUCGACGCAGACGGAGGCGACUUGGCUCUCCUGCCCGACACCGCGUCCCUGGUAGCAGCCGCGCCAUUCCUCUUCCCCGCGCCCACGACGUCGGCAUCGUACUGGGUGGGCGGAAAGAGCCAAGCAGCAACCGAAGACUGGACGUGGGUCGAUGGGUCGCCCGUCAGAGUGGAAAUGGGCGUGUUGCUGUCGUCCUCGCUGGAGGAGGAGGCCGUGGGCGGAGCGGAGAAGUGUCUGGCGCUGGUGGAAGGGCGCGACGAGUCCUUGCUUUUGGCCACGCCGUGCGGGGGAUCUCGGGGCGCCCUCUGUCAGUACCCUCCGCCCGUGCUCUACGCCACCCGCCCUCCUGCCACGCCCGCCCCGAUGGCUGGCGACGCUACCCCGCCCAUCAUCGCCUUCCACGACAAUGCCUUUGACCUCGACGACCACGACUUUAGGGUCUCGGACGUAAUCUUUUAGGAAUCAAUGAAAAUUAAAGAUACGUAAAUGUACCUCUUUGUGAAAACAGACACACAUGAAGUAACGUUUAUGCAAAUCUGAAAUGAAACGCAGCCACAAUAAAACAACCAAACGCACAGAAAGGUGACGUUUCGAGUCAAACUAGUCUCCUCUUCAGUCAUUUUAUUAUUGUAGCUGUGUUUUGCUGUAUCUAAAUAUUUUUUUUAGUUUCAUUAUAUUUUCUUUAUUGCAGUAUGAGUUAUGUAGUUUAAUUAUCUAUGAAACACAUCCGAGCGAAUCAACUAGACUUUAACAUCAAAGUCAAUGUUUAAUAUCUCAAUGAUUACAUAAUCUAAACGAUAAAUAUUUCCUUCAGCUAUAGUUAUCAUGCGAUCAAUGAUAAGCCUAAUUAUAUUAUCUAUAAAUAAUGAUAAAUGAUAUUUGAAAUUAAUUCAUUACUACGCCAUCGGAUGCUGCACAAUGUCCUGUAUCGUGUUAUUUUCACUUAUUUCAUUACUAUUAUCAUUUUUAUACCAUUUUUUUUCUUCAUUAUACUUUUUUAAUUAUGAAUGUGUUCCGUUCACGUAAAUUCAUGUUCCAUAAGAUAAAACUAGAUACCCAUUUGACAUAUCAAACGCACAUAUUACCUAUACACAUUCAUACACGCAGAGUAUAGCGAAUUCGUACAUAUACCAACACAUAGAUUCGCACAAAACCACACAAAUAUACAGAGUCAGACACACGCAUACGCACACACACGCACACAUCCCCUCCAUACAUACUCGCGUACACAUACCCAAAUGCAUGUAGACUCACCUUCGUAAAUAUAUGUAUUAAUGUUUGUAAUCCCAGUUGACAUGUGCUCGAAUAAACAUUUUACUUGUA